AUGACGGACGUUGAACAGUGGCUCGCGAACGCCAACGAGGCGAUUCACAUCAGCCUUGUGUCCCCCUCCGAAUCUGGUCUUCAGCAUGUUGCGACCUUCAACCCCCGACACACUUACUCGAUUUUUGGCGAGGAGGAGCAGAUUUUCGGGUACAAGGAUCUUAAAAUCAACCUUCGAUAUCGGGCCAACGAUAUGCGACCGCACCUGAAGACGUCUUACAGCAAGAAAUUCAAUGCAGUCGGCGGACCUGAGCCGACAGAUGUGGCAGCUAUCCUCGAGGAGGGUAACCAUCUGCCCAAGAUUGCCUUUGCUAAAUCAAGCGAUUUUGAGGAAAGCUCUAAGCUACUGGCCGACGACUGGACACCACCAGGAAAACUACACACAACUUUCGAUAGCCCCGAUGGUCAAUACGAGAUCUGGCGCGGAAACCUUGCCGAUCCAGCUAUCAAGCAGCUCAACUCCCGCCUGCAACUAUUUGUACCUCUCUUUAUUGAAGGAGGGACCUAUAUUGGCCAGGAUCCUGAAGGGGAGUCAACCGAACUCGACCUAUCUGAUGCGGACCGUUGGACUUUCUUCGCCCUGUAUCAAAAGCGCAAGGUGGGGGACAAGACUACAUAUGUGUUUGUCGGCUACUCGACUGUCUAUCGUUUCUACUAUUUCCAGCCUCCCACCCCACCAGCAUCACCACGAAACGACGAGUGGGAGUUGCCCAAUGGUAACAUGGACCUUGGUGAGCUCCCUUCCAGGGCAAGGUUGUCGCAAUUCGUCAUUCUGCCUCCAUUCCAAGGCAAGGGCAACGGAGCGCGACUCUACAAGACUAUUUUCGAGCAUUACCACAAGAUUCCACAGACUUAUGAAUUUACCGUCGAAGACCCCAACGAAGCAUUUGACGAUUUGAGAGAUAUCUGUGACCUGCAAUUUCUCCGAAAGAUGCCCGAAUUCAACAAUUUGCGAGUUGACACAGAUGUCGCCAUUCCUAAGAAGGGCACACUCCCCAAGCUGAUUGUCAACAGCGAUAAGCUCGAGACGAUCCGCCUUGAGGCCAAAAUCGCUCCACGCCAGUUUGGAAGAGUCCUCGAGAUGCACCUCAUGUCUCAACUCCCUCUAUCAGUACGACCAACCAUGGCGUUUGACGAAGACAAACCGGCUGCGUCAAAGGCCGAUCAACAUCAAGCCAAAGUAUGGAGUUUGAUCGUGAAGCAACGGCUGUACCGCCACAACAAGGACCUCCUUUCUCAGAUCGAACCUAGUGAACGUGUGGAAAAGCUCGAUGAUACCCUACAUGGUGUUGGCCUCGAGUAUGCACGCAUCCUGGCUGCUGUUGAUCGUUCAGAUCAGCACACUCAAGGCCAGGCAACAGCUAACGGCAAGCGAAAGCUGGAUGUUGAGGAUGGUGCGGGGGGUUCUGGUAGCAAGAAGGCUCGAGUGGAAGACGCCUGA